AUGCCAAUUGACCAAGAAAAAUUAGCUAAGCUACAAAAGUUGUCUGCUAACAACAAAGUUGGUGGUACUAGAAGAAAGCUUAACAAGAAGGCAGGCUCUUCUGCCGGUGCCAACAAGGAUGACACCAAGUUGCAAAGUCAAUUAGCUAAGUUGCACGCUGUCACCAUUGACAACGUCGCCGAAGCCAACUUUUUCAAGGACGACGGUAAGGUCAUGCACUUCAACAAGGUCGGUGUCCAAGUUGCUGCUCAACACAACACUUCUGUAUUCUACGGUCUACCACAGGAAAAGAACUUGCAAGAUUUGUUCCCAGGUAUUAUCUCUCAAUUGGGCCCUGAAGCCAUCCAAGCCUUGUCUCAAUUGGCUGCCCAAAUGGAAAAGCACGAAGCCAAGGCUCCAGCUGAUGCUGAAAAGAAGGAUGAAGCUAUUCCAGAGUUAGUUGAAGGUCAAACUUUUGAUGCUGACGUCGAAUAA